CAAGCACAUGUGCCUGCUGCAUGUUUACGUACCCUUCUUAUUGUCCUUACAGUAUGGAAUGUAGUAUAACUGCGCUCAUAUUGUGGGUCAACAUGCAAGUGCGGCCUCGAGAUUCGACCAAGCAACCCCACCUUGUCAGCUGCUUGACCAACCGAAGCUCGAAGUGAAUGACCAGUACAUUCGAGACUUUGUGGCAAGGGAGCCCCCUCUCUUGAAGCACGAACUUCUUACUCUCCUUCAUGCUACUGUAAUCCCAUUUCUAACAAUGCCGUUGUUCGGUUCACUUCGAACAUACGUGAGACGUCUACCCCACCAUCCUCGCUGUCUGUGUACCAGCACUCGGACACUCGCUCCUUCGUUUCUAGAUCUCCAAGCCCGCGCUGUCUCCCGUGAAAACGGGCACUUCUCGAAGCUCUCUGGCAUCAACUACAUAGAGCACUCGCCAGCACUGCAGCUGCUUCGCUCGGAGCGCGACCUGGCCGAGCGCGAGGAGGACAACCCGACUGAUAUACUUCUAUCGCAGACAAAAGAGGGUCAGAACGCCGCGCUGCUGGAAGAAUACAAGAGACAGGUAGAGCUUUUGAAGGAGCAGAUUAGCUCGAAGGAACAUUCAUGGCACGAGAAAUUUACCAGCGAGCGCAAGGAAUUUGAAGACCUGGAAGAGAAGGCGCUGAGGCUGCGACUCAUGUUCGGCGUGCUGGCGGUGUUUGCUGGGCUCCUCGCCGCUGACAGCAUCGCAUUAGCAGACGAAGUAGAGCAGCACUGUCCAGGCUGCUUUGACGGAAACACAAAACAGCAUCUCCUCGUUGUCGGAUACCUAAAGACCGUCACGGAGGGUCUGAAGCGCUGGUGGAACGGCGAGGGACCGCCCAACAGGAGGACGGUCGCGAAUCUAGGCGGAAUCGUGCCUCCAGCCUCGCCUUCGACGCUGCAGGAUUCACAAGAAGGAUUGCCGCCUGGUUGGGAGGAAAUUACGGCACCGGACGGUCGUAUAUGCUUCGCAAACCGCAACGAGAACUACGUCACGUGGGACGAUCCCCGACAGACUCAAUCGACGACAGGAGCGACGACGCCGAAUCAAGGGAGGUCAUCGCUAGCCGAUUCGAGACGGAACGAGAAUCAAGGCGCUUCUGACAAUCCAAGCAGCUGGCACCGGUUCAUGUGGGCGCGGCCUCGCGGAACAUAAAUCAAGAAUCACCUUUGAUCACACGCCCUGGAGAAAUUUGUGUUCGUGGCCAACUGCCAAAAAGUGCAAAUACAACCAAAGCGAAGUGAGACAAAAAUACAGCGCGAUAUGACUGUACUACGUUUUGUAAUAUUAGGUUCGUGUAUAAUUCGCGACUGGCAUUUGCUAUCAAGCACCACUUGAGAAAUCCACCCUCUUCCUCGCGAAGUCUCGAUAAAUAUCUUCCAAAGCCU